GUGAAAUUGCCAUGUUGUCCCGCAGCCUUCCCCGGUCAUCCGUGCUCUUCCGCGGCCAAGUCGCCCGUCUGUCAUCGGCAGCCGGUGUGCGUGUGGAAACCGAUUCCCUCGGCAAGGUGGAAGUGGAUGCGUCCAAGUACUGGGGCGCCCAGACCCAGCGCUCCCUGGAAAACUUUCCCAUUGGCGGCAACCGCGAACGUAUGCCGAUGCCUGUGAUCAAAGCGAUGGGGAUCGUGAAGAAGUGCGCUGCCAAGUACAACUUGAAAUUGGGCAAGUUGGACAAGGCGAUUGCCGAAAACAUCAUCAAAGCCGCCGACGAUGUCAUCAACGGCAAAUUGGACGACCACUUCCCCUUGGUCGUGUUCCAAACUGGGUCGGGUACCCAAUCGAACAUGAACACAAACGAAGUCAUCUCGAACCGCGCGAUUGAAUUCAUGGGAGGUGAACUGGGCUCCAAGACUCCCGUGCACCCGAAUGACCACGUGAACAUGGGUCAAUCGUCCAACGACUCGUUCCCGACUGCCAUGCAUAUUGCGGCCGUGAUGGAAAUUCACCGCGUGCUCUUGCCUGGCCUCCGCAAGUUGCAUGCCGCCCUCGACGCCAAGGUUGCGGAAUUCGAUGGCAUCAUCAAGAUUGGCCGAACGCACACGCAAGACGCGACGCCCAUGACGCUCGGCCAAGAAUUCUCUGGCUACCGCGAACAAAUCGCAUACUCAAUCCAGCGCGUUGAAGCUGUUCUCCCCAACUUGUACAAGUUGGCGUUGGGCGGGACUGCCGUCGGCACGGGCCUCAACACGACCAAGGGGUACGACAAGGAAAUUGCUGCCAUCAUCGCCGAAGAAACCAAGUUCCCUUUUGUUACGGCGCCUAAUAAGUUUGAAGCGCUCGCCGCGAACGACGCGAUUGUCGAAGCUUCUGGCGCGCUGAACACGAUCGCGUGCUCGUUGAUGAAGAUUGCGAACGACAUCCGCUUCCUCGGCAGUGGCCCCCGCAGCGGGCUCGGCGAGUUGAACCUCCCCGCGAACGAACCUGGCUCGUCCAUCAUGCCCGGCAAGGUUAACCCGACCCAAUGCGAAGCCAUCACGAUGGUGUGCGCUCAAGUGAUCGGGAACCAUGUCGCCGUCACCGUCGGCGGCUCGAACGGCCACUUUGAACUGAACGUUUUCAAGCCCGUCAUGAUCUCCAACUUGAUCUCGUCGAUUCGAUUGAUCGGGGACAGCGCCGUAGCGUUCACGGACAACUGCGUCGUCGGUAUCGAAGCGAACCGGGACACGAUCGACCGCCUCAUGAAGAACUCGCUCAUGUUGGUGACCGCCCUCAACCCUCACAUCGGUUACGACAAGGCGUCCAAGGCCGCCAAGAAGGCGCACACCGAAGGCACGACCCUCAAGGAAGCUGUCUUGUCGCUCGGGUACUUGACGUCGGAAGAAUUCGACCGCUACGUUCGCCCCGAAGACAUGAUCGGCCCCAAGAUCGUACAUGAACGCGGCAUGGACGAAGGAAAACUCGUCGUUCGAGGACUUCACACCGCCAUCGUCGCCGCCGCAACAAUACUGGAGCAAAGCAUCCCAUAUCAGAUGGCGCGCAAUGCAACUUCAAUGCCCCAGGCGUUUAAAACAGUUUACAAUCCGUAGGAGACGUCUGAAUCAAGAGAAUACCUUCGUAAAUGAAUAUUUCGUC